AUGAGUAACUUUCAAUUAACUGAGAGAGACUUUUACAAGAUUUUCACUGACAAAGCUAGAUUUGAUGCUCCAAACAAUGGGGUUUAUCAAAUUCAAAACACUAGAAAGACAGAUCCAAAUAGUAAUAAGAAUGCAGAAUCUGCUAGAAAGCAUCUAGUUAUGCUUUCCGAUGGUACUUUCCACAUGAAGGCCCUUGCAAGAAAUGCAGCUGCUGCUAAAUUCGCCUCUUUGGAAUUACAAAAAGGUGAUAUUAUUCGUGUUCUUGAAGCUGAAGCUGCUAUUGUUAAGGAUAAGAAGAAGUUUGUUCUAUUGAUUGAUGAUAUGGAAGUAGUUCAAAGAGGUGUGGAACCUAUCAAUUCAAGUACUACUUUCUUAGACAAAUAUUUUGAAGAACAUUCAGAUGAAUAUAUUAGAGAUUUUGUAGUUCCUGUAUCAAAUAAUUCUGACUCUUCGACUGAAAAGAAACAAGAAACAUCUGUGACUCCAGUUCCAGCCCCAGCUCCUGUAGCCCAACAACCUUCAGAGAAUAAGUUUGCUCAAUCAACAAUGUCUGCUUCUCAAAAGGGGAAACCAAUCUUUGCCAUUGAGCAACUAUCUCCAUAUCAAAAUGUUUGGACCAUUAAGGCUAGAGUAUCUUACAAAGGUGAAAUUAAGACUUGGCAUAAUCAAAGAGGUGAGGGUAAAUUGUUAAACGUCAAUUUCUUGGAUACCUCUGGUGAAAUUAGAGCUACAGCAUUUAAUGACAUGGCUCUUAAGUAUAAUGAAUUAUUACAAGAAGGUAAAGUUUACUAUGUCUCUAAAGCAAGAUUACAACCAUCUAAACCUCAAUUCACUAAUUUAUCUCAUCCAUAUGAAUUAUCCCUAGAUAGAGAAUCUGUCAUUGAACCAAGUGAAGAUGAAGCAAAUGUUCCAAAGACUCAUUUUGAUUUUGUUAAAUUAAACGCAAUUGAAAAUCAAGAAGAAAAUUCAACUGUUGAUGUUCUUGGGAUAAUUCAAACUGUUAAUCCACAUUUUGAAUUAACCUCUAGAGCAGGUAAGAAGUUUGAUCGUCGUGAUAUUGUUAUCGUUGAUGAUUCAAAUUACUCAAUCACUGUUGGGUUAUGGAAUCAAUUAGCAUUAGACUUUAAUUUACCAGAAGGUUCUGUAGUAGCUGUUAAAGGUGCACGUGUCUCUGAUUUUGGUGGUAAAUCUUUAUCAAUGGGUUUUACAAGUACUUUGGUGCCUAACCCAGAAGUUCCUGAAGCUUAUUCACUGAAAGGUUGGUAUGAUGCUACCGGUCAUUCCGGUAACUUCACUUCUUUGAGACAAGAAGUCGGUGCAGGUGCUGGUUCAGGUGAUUCAACUAAAUUUAUUGCUCAACGUAUUACUAUUCAAAAAGCACAAAAUGAAAAUUUAGGUAGAAGUGAAAAGGGUGAUUAUUUUAACGUCAAAGCAGCCAUUAAUUUCUUAAAGGUGGACAAUUUUGCUUAUCCAGCAUGUUCUAAUGAAAAUUGUAAUAAGAAAGUAGUUGAACAAUCUGAUGGUACUUGGAGGUGUGAAAGAUGUGAUACUAAUAAUGCUGCACCACAAUGGAGAUAUAUGUUAACAAUCUCUGUACUUGAUGAAACAAAUCAACUAUGGUUAACAUUAUUCAAUGAACAAGCAGAACAAUUACUAGGGGUUGAUGCUAACCAAUUAACUAAAUUAAAAGAUGAAAAUCCAGAUGAAUUUACAAAAGUGACUCAAAAUAUUCAAAUGAAUCAAUAUGACUUUAGAGUUAGAGCUAAAGAAGAUACUUAUAAUGAUCAAACAAGAAUAAGAUACACUGCUGCUAAUAUUCAUAAAUUAAACUUCAAAUCUGAAGCCGAUUAUCUUGCUACUCAGUUAUCAGAGGCUCUACAUGUGUGA